AUGCCAUCGGAUGUGCUUUUGGAGUUGCGCAAACUCCCCGGGAACGACGUUUGCGCAGAUUGUGGAGCUGCCAGACCACAGUGGGCCUCUGUGUCAUACGGAAUUUUUGUUUGUUUGGAGUGUUCAGGACAACAUCGUGGUUUGGGAGUGCAUCUGAGCUUCGUACGCUCGGUGCAGAUGGAUUCCUGGACGGAGCGUGAGAUCAAAGCAAUGCAGGUCGGAGGAAACAAGCAAAUGAACGAUUUCCUCCAGGAGCACGGCGUCCCCAAGAACAGUUCCAUUAAGAAAAAAUACAAUUCUCGAGCAGCUGCUCUCUAUCGCGAAGUCAUCGCCGCCAAGAUCGAAGGCCGCGAGCCCCCGACCGAUCUCCCCGAGGAUGAUUCCAACCCCGAAGAGCUGAACGAGGAAGACGAGGACCCCAUCAAGCGCGAGCUGCGUCUGCGCGCGGAGGCGAAGGAGCGUCUGCAGAAGAAGUUCGGCGCGGGCGGUCUGAAAAGCCAAGCCGUGGGCUCCUCUCCGAUCCCUCCCGGCGGCUACGGCCAGCAGCCGAGCAGCCCGCAGCCCGGCGACGACAUCGUGAAGACGCUGCAAGGCUUCGGUCAGGGCGUGAUGAAGUCGUUCCAGGACGCGCGGAUCGGCGAGACGAUCGAGAGCGGCGUGAGCUCGGUGCGCGCGAAGCUGAACGACCCCGCGUUCCAGAAGGACGUGAAGGAGAAGGCGCAGGCGGGCUGGUCGUGGCUGUCCAGCACCGCGGGAUCGAUUUGGUCCGCGGCGAAGGAGGCCGCCACGCAGAUCGCCUCCGAGCUCAACGAGAACAACGCCAAUGGCGGAGGAACGCCGCGUCCCGCGGUGAGCACGCCGCGGCGAGACGGAGGGGAGCGCGAGGAACCGCGGGAGGCGGUGAGGUCUCCGAAAACCGCGGGGAAAGCGAUGGAAAGAAGGGCGGAGGAGGAAGCGGCGAUCGGAGGCGAUGGAAAGAGGGAAACGGGGAAGGCGGAGAGUGGAAACAGCGAUAUCGAAAUGGACGAUGAUGAUUGGAUGGAGCAGGAACUCCGCAAAGCGAAGCAGAAUCUGCACAUCCAGGAGAAGCAGCGCACGCCGCAGACGCCGCAGACGCCGCAGACGCCGACUGCGGGGGGAUUGAAGCUGUCACAUGAGAGUUCGGAGGCCGGAGGAAGCGCGGAGGGAAGCAGACGACGCCAUCACAGCCAUCACCAUAGACAUCGGAAACCGGUGGAAGUAAGCAAGAAGGAUCUGGAUAGCUGGCUCGAUGAUGAUGAUGAUGAUGAUGAUGAUGAUGAUGAUGAUGAGAAAGUUGCUAAUGAACCUGCGGAGGAGAAGAAGGAAGUGAAAAAAGCGGCGGAGGAUAGUAAGAAGAAGGCACCCAUGACGGCGGAAGACUUCUUUGCAGAGUUUGGUGUCUAA